GUUUCAAGAGGAGUUGUACACGGAAGCAAAGCUUUUUGUUGACAGUGUCAGUGUGUGAUUCUUUGUUUAAUUGUGUAUGCAAUGCAGAUGCUGUUAGACAGACAGGGCUAUGUGGGCUUUGUAAAUUUUAGGAAGUGAGAGAGAGAGGGGGUGUUGAUUGAAGAACACCGAAUUCUUCUCAGUAACAAAGCACAAUAUAACCAUUCAUUACACCAAACAAACAAAGCGUACAUUGUGUGAAUUUUGAGUGGUAGGUGUGAAUUGUGCAUAGUGAAAAUGAAAUAAGAUUAAAAGACUAUUUUAUAAUCACAGUGAUGGAGUGACUCUGCUGCCUCACAGAUCUGUCCUCAGUCAUCUGUCUGUGUGGAGACUGCAUUGAUGUUUGUAUGGGUUUUUGUUCUAGCUGCUCCUGUUUUUCUCUGACAUAUAUUUAUUUACAUGGCUGAUACGUUUAUUUCAGAUAACUUACACUAGAAUAUAUUGAAACUAUCUACAUGUAUUUUUUACACCAGUAUCCAUGUGAACUAUCAGUCCUGAGUUUAAAGUCCAGUGUUUAAAUCACUACACCACUAUGUUUACCACAGAUACUUGAUGAUUCUAAAUUGACUGUAUGUAUGUAUGUGUGAGUGAGUAUGCUCUCUAAUGGCUUGGUGCCCUGUCCCAGGAUGAAUCAAGGCUAGUUCCUGUCAUGUGUCAGCCCUGAAUUGAAUUAAAAUUGUUCACCUAUGCCGAAGAAGAACUGACCAAAAACUAGUAAUCCUUAAAGAAAUUCCUGUUGAACAGAUGACCAGAGAUGAAAGACAGGCUGCUCAGAAUGAAUGCCAGGUCUUGAAGUUACUGAACCAUCCCAACAUAAUUGAGUAUUAUGAGAACUUCCUGGAGGACAAAGCUUUAAUGAUUGCUAUGGAGUAUGCACCAGGUGGUACCUUGGCAGAAUACAUUCAGAAACGCUGUAACUCUCUUUUGGAUGAAGACUUAAUCCUCCACUUCUUUGCUCAGAUUCUGCUGGCUCUGCAUCAUGUUCACAAUAAGCUAAUUCUUCAUAGAGACUUGAAAACUCAAAAUAUCCUCUUGGACAAGCAUCAGAUGAUUGUCAAAAUUGGGGAUUUUGGUAUUUCCAAGAUCCUCGUCAGCAAGAGUAAAGCUUACACAGUUGUUGGUACUCCAUGUUACAUCUCUCCUGAACUCUGCGAGGGUAAACCAUAUAAUCAGAAGAGUGACAUUUGGGCAUUAGGUUGUGUUCUGUAUGAGCUGGCAAGUCUGAAACGAGCCUUUGAAGCAGCAAACUUGCCUGCACUUGUACUGAAGAUCAUGAGUGGAACAUUUGCUCCAAUUUCAGACCGCUAUAGCCCUGAUCUGAGGCAGCUAAUCUUAAGCAUGCUCAAUCUUGACCCUUCCAAACGGCCACAGCUGAAUGAGAUAAUGGCGCAGCCCAUCUGCAUUAGGCCCCUGCUUAACCUAUAUACUGACAUUGGCAAUGUGAAAAUGAGAAGAAUUGAGAAACCUUUAUCAGUUCAAUCUGGCUCGAAUCGAAGGCCAACAGGAAGGGUUCCCAGUGCAAGAUCAAGAAGCAAUUUAGUUAAUGCCAGUGGGUCAGGAAAAACAUGUCACCCACCUCCUGUUUCCUUGGUAUACACCUGGGGCAGCGGGAUCACCAUACCCUUGCGUCUACCCAUGCUAAAUACUGAGGUCACACAGGUCUCACUGGGGAGGACACAAAAAACUGGUGUUACAGUCUCUGGACGACUAAUUACUUGGGAGGCUCUAUCCAUCGAUGCUGGAGAUGUUUCCCUCCCUGGGUCUGUGGAUCAUGUUCAACCACAAUUCAUUUCUAGGUAUUUGGAAGGACAGUCAGCAGUGACUAUCAAAUCAGUCUCCUGUGGAGACCUUUUUACAACUUGCAUGACAGACAGGGGUAUCGUCAUGACCUUUGGAAGUGGAAGCAAUGGCUGUCUGGGACAUGGCAAUUUUAAUGAUGUCACUCAGCCUAAAAUUGUUGAAGCCCUGCUUGGAUAUGAAAUUGUCCAGAUUUCUUGUGGAGCAUCACAUGUUGUAGCAGUAAGCAAUGAACAUGAGGUCUUUACGUGGGGACGAGGUGACAACGGUCGGCUAGGUUUAGGCUCUCAAGAGUCCCACAACAGUCCUCAGCAAGUUGCUCUUCCUGCUGAAUAUAAAAUACUUAAGGUGCCUUGUGGUGUUGACUGUUCCAUGAUCCUCACAACUGAUCAUCAAAUACUAGCCUGUGGAAGCAACAGGUUUAACAAAUUAGGGUUAGAUAAAAUGAACAACUCUGAAGAUCCACCUAUUUCUGAGCAAGUUGAAGAAGUCCACAUUUUCACUCUUGUCCAGUCUAACCCCCUCAAUGUGGAGAAGAUCACAUACAUUGAUAUUGGAACGGCUCAUUCAGCUGCGAUUACAGAGGAUGGCUUGUGCUAUACAUUUGGCAGUAAUCAGCAUGGCCAGCUUGGCAGCAAUACCCGAAGGAACAGCCGUGUGCCCCAUCUUGUGGCUGGCCUUGAGGGUGUCAGAGUUAUCAUGGUAUCUUGUGGAGAUGCUUUCACUGUGGCAAUUGGAGCAGAUGGAGAGGUUUACACGUGGGGAAAAGGAGCAAGAGGCAGAUUGGGGAGAAAGGAGGAGGACACUGGAGUUCCCAGAUUAGUCCAGCUGGACAACAGCUUUCCCUACCUAGUAACUUCAGUUGCAUGUUGCCAUGGCAAUACAAUGCUUGCAAUUAAACCUUUACCAGAGGAGAUGAUUCCCAGAUGAGCAUGAACACCAUGUUCUUGGCACAACUGUGACACCAACUGCUUGUUUUCCUUCUUUGGAAAUUAAAGCCACCAGAUGUAAUCCAAAUCUUUUUUAAAAGGCCUGCAGAUUUUCUACUGCUGUCUUUGCAGUGCUUUAUCUCUGGAGACUGCUGUCUUGACAACUUGCUUCCAGCUGCUGAAGACGAAACAGAAAUAUGAUAAUAUCCUGUUAAAAAGCACAAGCAUCAGGCAGGAAAUUUAUGUUCUUGCUGCUACAUGGAUAAAGUCUUUUGACAAAAGAUGAGCUCAGACUGUUUGUGCAAAUCCUGUUUGCAGGGGGAGAACUGGACACUGUGAUUUCUCAAUGGCUGGUAUGAGUAAUGAUUGAUGUUUUUAAUAAGCGUGAAGAUUGUCCAAAUAGAUGGAAAAUUGUCACUGACCAGGGAGCCUUUUGCUUGAAAUGUAAAUUUGUUUUUUAGUUUUGUUGCAGUCACUUCAAUAUGAAUAUUGCUUCACAAUUGUUUUAUUAUUUGGCAUUACUGUUAUUUUUUUGUACUUGCAUAAUAUAGUUUAAUGUAAUUGUUAUUCAUUGGUUGUAUUUUUGAAGAUGUAUACUGUUUUUCAUCUCCCAGUACCAUACACCAUCGAAGAAGCAUGUGUGUGACACAGAAUGAAUGUUUUAAAAAUAAUAUUGGUCUGUGUUAGCCAUGCUAGAGCUACCAUUGGAAACUGUGUUUGCUGCCAAAAAUAAUCCUGUCAAUAUUAGUUGACAGAAAAUGUCUUAGAAUUGACAGGCACCAAUUACAAGGUAUUUACAAGUUAAUAAGGUUCCAUGAAUUUUAGCACAUUUUAAUUUAGUGAGGAAACAUAUCAGUUUGACAGCUGACAGUAGUGUAAAGAUGGUUUGAUUUUUAAUAAUAAAAUAAACAGAUGAAUUGUGGGUUAAUAUAUAGAAAGGAUUCACAUUUGCAAGUUUUGCACUUUUCUGCUGUAGACUACCAAAUUAAAUUGCAUUAGGCGCCUUGUUUUUAAAUCAUAUUUCUAUGUGUAUUAUGUUUUUUAUUCAGGUUUUCUUAUAAUGAGUGAUCUGUUUCAUUUGUAAUGUCAUUUUGUUGCAUUCUUUAUAUACUUUUUAUACUUAACUUUUUUUAUUAGUUUGUUCUGUAA